UUCUCAUUCAGCGGCGCAGGAAGGAAACGAGAGAAUGGUAAAACGAAUGAAUAACCUUCCAGAAGAAAUAAUCGAGAAAAUACUGUACAAAUUGCCAGUCAAAUCCUUGUUGAGAUUCAAGUGUGUAUCGAAAGGGUGGUGUUCUCUGAUCUCCAGCAAAUAUUUUGCGCAAGAGCAUCUGAAGGAGAAAUCAGGUACUGAUUCAGAUUUGAGCCAUCAUUAUCUACUCUUCAGCGAUUAUAUUAACCAACAGAGUAUCGGGUCAUGUUCUCUCCGGUCUAUAUUUGAUGAACCGGACAACCGUCUCGGUCCAUGUUUCCUUCGGUCUUUUUAUGAUGAUGGUGAUGGUGAUGGUGAUGGUGAUGAACCAAACAUCUUGGGGUCAUCUUAUCUUCGGCCUUUAGCAAAUGAUUUUAAUCCAAUCGAAACUUUCGAUUUCGACAUUCAGAUAGUGGGAUCAUGUAAUGGGCUAAUACUCAUCUCCAUGAAUUGGGAUGAGAAAUUGUUUAUAUGGAAUCCUGCAACUAGACAAACCAAUAGAAUUAUUGCUCCCUCUUUGCCCGAGCAAGGAAGACUUUAUUUGCCGAUUUGGGAUGAUAUAAUACUCGGGUUUGGAUACAACGAGUCUACCGAUGACUACAAUGUUGUCGCCAUCCUCAUCUACUUUUAUCCCCACCAGACACAGAUGUACAGCUCCAAAACUGGUUCUUGGAAGGAAAUCGAAUCCCCGGACAAGAAUAUACCGUUCGACUUUGGUUCCGGCAAGUUUGUCAACGGACGGUUACAUUGGAUUGUGGAAGGGGACAUUGUGCAUGGUUGGGAUAUUGUUUCUUUUGAUUUGGUAAGUGAGAAAUAUGAAGUUGUUGCUGGACCAGAAUGCUUGUCUGUUCGUAUUCAUACUCGACCGGUUGUGAAAGAUUUGGGAGGCUAUCUAAGUUUGAUUUGGUCGAGUGCCAAAUUUGAUGUACAUGUAUGGGUUAUGACGAAAUAUGGCGUCUCUCAAUCUUGGACUAGGAUUUGGAAAAUUGAUGAUUUCUCUGAUCUCCAAGGUUGGAUUCCUCGUGCAAUGCCGUUAUGUUUGCUGAAGAAUGGAGAUAUGGCGGUAUCUUUAGGACAGGAUGUACUCGUUUGUAAUGGACGAGAUAAGUUGCGAAAGUCUCGAGUUCAUAUUCUUGACUCAAAAGUUGAUUCCAUUAUCUAUUUUGAAAGCUUAGUAUCACCAUUUGGUGAGAGGUGAUUGAAGAGCAUAGUCAAGAUCUAUGUCUUGUAUCAUCUAUAACUUUACUAUUAUGUUAUUUUUCUUUUUUCAGUUCAGAAAUAUUGAUUUUGAGUUUUGGAUAUUUAUUCCCUUUUUUUUUUGUAUUGUCUUGUUUUGAGUUUUGGACAUAUUUAGUGUUUCUUGAGCUUUUCUCUCUGAAGUCAAUUCGGCUACUCGGGCUUGUAUUUGAUGUUUUAGAAUUGCUCGAAAACUCCUCUUGAGUGUUUUUUAAUUUUCUUCAUUAGCU